UUCGUACACUCGGUAUACAUCAAGUUCGUUAUGAUAUUAUUGAAAUAAUUAUUGAAUUGCUCAAGGUUUUUUUUGAAACUGCAGAAGCAUAUAGUGAUGGUCUCAAGAGGUUUUGCACAUAUUCAAAUUCAUAGUUCUAGACGCAACCAGUGCAAGUUUAGAUGAAGAUGAAUAUCAGAUUCAAUAUUCUUAUUUUGAUGGUUUUGUGUUUAGCAGAAGCCAAAUUGCCUUCUUAUAUCCACGUUUGUAAGAAAUCUGAUCCAGACAUAGCGAAAUGCAUCAUUGAUUCGGUUUAUUCACUGAAACCCAAGUUGGCAAAUGGUAUACCAGAGCUGAAUGUUCCUAGCACUGAACCAUUGCUUCUAGAAAAAAUCCAAUUGAGAACUGGACAAUCUAGAACUAAAAUCGAUGCGAAUCUUACAAAUUUGCAAGUUUGGGGCGUAACUUCUUUUGAAAUUCUGGAACUACGCCCUGAUGUGACUAAGAACAGAUUUAUAUUCAAAUCUAAAGUACCGCAUAUUUAUUUCAAGGGUGACUACGAUCUCAACAUGGAUAUUCUUCUCUUGAAGUAUAAAGGACAAGGACCUUUAUCUGGCAACUUCACUGAUUUGUCUCUGGAUGCCGUGUUGAAAGGACAUAUCACCAAAAUAAACGGUGUAGAUCAUAUCCAGUUCAGAAAAUUCGCAGUACGCGUUGAAUUCAGUCACACCAACAUUGAGCUGUCUAAUCUGUUCGAUAAUCAAAGAAAUUUAGGCAACGCAACUAAUCAAGUACUUAACGAAAAUUCAGAAGUUCUUCUAACGGAAAUAAAACCUGCGUUAGAAAAUGCUCUAGCUUCAAAAUUCACAGAUAUUGCUAAUAAUAUAUGUAAAACAUUUUCGUACGAUGAACUGUUCCCAAAUUAAAUUUAUAUUAGCUCAUUAAAAUAUUAUUGUAGUAUUUGAAUGAAUUCCAAUUAAAGUUUACCUCAGUUGUUGUCUUGUAAA